GAGAGCUGGGAGCAAGGAGACUCCUGGCUGGGGUCGUGGCGCAAGUUGGAAAGUUUCUGGUUUUCUGUGGCGGCUGCGGGGGCGAGCUGAGUCUCCUUGUCACGCCGAGAGCUCUGAGGACAGGAUUCUAGGGUGUCUGUUUCGUUGUUGUUGUUUUUUUUUAAAGGGGAGGUGGUAGUGUAAGUGAGGAGGAGCAUGGACAAAAUAACUGACUGCAACGUUAAUUGGAGCAUUUCAGAUAAGAAGUGCAGAAUAAUUCCAUAAUCUUAGACCUCUAAUGCUCUAUUAAGUUAAUUUUUGAAUUCUCAACUUUCAGUGGUCAGUGUGUUUGACAGAACUUGAUUGGAUUCAAGGGUGAAAGGGACUCUAGGUGCAUUUUUAAUCGGGCACUCAAUUCAACCACUGUUCAAGAUGGAAUUUCUGAAAACCUGUGUGCUUAGAAGGAAUGCAUGUACUGCGGUUUGCUUCUGGAGAAGCCAAGUUGCACAAAAACCUUCCGUUAGAAAGAUUAGUACUACUUCUCCAAAGAAUACUGUCAUGCCCGCGUGGGUGAUAGAUAAAUAUGGGAAGAAUGAAGUGCUUCGAUUUACUCAGAACAUGAUGCUACCUAUCAUACACUUUCCAAAUGAAGUGAUUAUCAAAGUUCAUGCUGCGAGUGUAAAUCCCAUAGAUGUUAAUAUGAGAAGUGGUUAUGGAGCUACGGCUUUAAAUAUGAAACGAGAUCCUUUACAUAUUAAAACUAAAGGAGAAGAAUUUCCCCUGACUCUGGGUCGAGAUGUGUCUGGUGUGGUGAUGGAAUGUGGGCUUGAUGUGAAGUACUUCAAGCCCGGAGAUGAGGUUUGGGCUGCAGUUCCUCCCUGGAAACAAGGCACUUUCUCAGAAUUUGUUGUAGUCAGUGGGAAUGAGGUCUCUUUCAAGCCCAAAUUGCUCACUCAUACCCAGGCUGCCUCUUUGCCCUAUGUGGCUCUCACAGCUUGGUCUGCCAUAAACAAGGUUGGCGGCCUGAAUGACAAGAAUUGCACAGGAAAACGUGUUUUAAUCUUGGGUGCUUCAGGUGGAGUUGGUACUUUUGCUAUACAGGUACUGAAAGCAUGGAAUGCUCAUGUGACUGCAGUUUGCUCUCAGGAUGCCAGUGAACUUGUAAGGAAGCUCGGGGCAGAUGAUGUAAUUGACUACAGAUCUGGAAAUAUGGAAGAGCAAUUGAAAUCUUUAAAAUUGUUUGAUUUUAUCCUUGAUAAUGUUGGUGGAUCCACUGAAACAUGGGCUCUCAAGCUUCUCAAGAAGUGGUCAGGAGCCACAUAUGUCACUUUGGUGACGCCUUUCCUCCUGAACAUGGAUCAGUUGGGCGUAGCAGAUGGCAUGUUGCAGACAGGAGUCACCGUGGGUUCUAAGACAUUAAAGCACUUCUGGCAAGGAGUCCAUUAUCGCUGGGCAUUUUUCAUGGCCAGCGGUCCAUAUCUAGAUGAUAUUGCAAAGCUGGUGGAUGAGGGAAAGAUUCAUCCGGUAAUUGAAAAAACGUUUCCAUUUUCUGAAGUUCCAGAAGCCUUCCUGAAGGUAGAAAGAGGACAUGCACGAGGAAAGACCGUUAUUAAUGUCGUUUAAAUAAAUAAUCAGUUUGGUGA